CACUCUCGCCACGAACGGAUUACCUAUCCUCGGGAACAUGUUGCACCACGAAAUUGAGCAGCAGCCCAUCUCUCGCACCUACCAAUAUAGAAAGGUGAUGAAACCAAUGCUUGAACGCAAACGCCGCGCCCGCAUCAACCGCUGCCUGGACGAGUUGAAGGAGCUCAUGGUGUCCGCCCUGCAGACCGAAGGCGAAAACGUCUCCAAGCUGGAGAAGGCGGACAUCCUCGAGCUGACCGUUCGCCACCUGCACCGCCUGCGCCGACAGCAGCGCCUGUCCACCCUUCCCGGCGCUGACGCCGACCGAUUCCGCGCCGGCUACACGCACUGCGCCGCCGAGGUGUCCCGCUGCCUGGCUUCCGUGCCCGGCGUCGACGUCGGCCUCGGCACUAAGCUGAUGACCCACCUCGGAACCCAGUUGAACGAGAUGGACAGCAAGACGACGCCCCUCGAGGUCCAGUGCUCGCCGCCAGCCUCGCCCAUCAACUUUGCGCUGCCGCUGACGCCAGCCUCAUCGGCCGCCUCCCUCUCCCCCAACGACGGCCUCCUCAAGUUGGCCGCCGCUGCCGCGGCCUCUUCGCCCGUCUCAGACGUCUGGCGGCCGUGGUAAGAAUUUUACCAUCCGCAAAACAACGCUUCCAACUGAUCUCGCGACCGCCAGCGUCUUUCUCUCCAGUCCCUGUGAUAUUCGUUUGUAAACAAAAGCAUUUAUAUUAUUUGUAAAUGACAUUUACCCAAACAUACAAAGAUUUCAAUUGUACCUACGAGCAUUUUGUGUACAGCGCAAAUUGUGCCUUUUAUAUACAUGAUGUGUGGAACAAAUAAAAAUUGCCGGGAAACCGGUGGUUUUGUUUCAAAAUGA